UUGGCUUCGUUACCGUUUCUCACGUACUUGUAACGGUUCUAUGACGCGGUCAACACGGAUUUAAAUCGCAAACCUUUAGCGCAAAUAAAAACAAUGACAAACGGAACAAAAACAGGAACCACACCCCGGAACAAAAAGCAGCAUUAGCGGACUUUCCGCCAGGCUGCCAAGUCCAAUCCGCCUCUCUGCGUUCCUUCAGAGCGCCCAACGUCAGAGCCAUGCCAGUGGAGAGCAGCAGCAGCUCCGGCUCCCGCCAGGCCAAGCAGAAGAGGAAGUCCCACAGCCUGUCCAUCCGCCGGACCAACAGCACGGAGCAGGACCGCUCGGGCCUGCAGAGGGAGCUGCUGGAGGGACAGGACUCCAAACUGCCACUGUCCCUGAGGACCAACCUGUUGGAUCUGUUCAGUCAGAUCGAGAGAGAGUUCGAAAACCUUUACCUGGAAAAUAUUGAACUCCGCAGAGAAAUCGAAUCCCUGAACGAUCGCUUGGCUGCAGACGGACAAGCUGUCGAAGGAGCAGAUUUAGCUAAAGGAGCUCUGAAAACGAAAGCGAGCCACAGCACCAGCCAGCUGUCUCAGAAACUGAAAACAACCUACAAGGCGUCCACAAGCAAGCCCAGCCAGGGGGUCGACACUUCCUCCCCACGAGACUUGGUCAUUCAAAUUCUGAACUUAUUUAGCAGUUUGUGUCCAAAACGCACCAGGACUCCUGUUUGCAUCAUUCCCAUCUUUAAUAUUGUGUCCAGCUUCAAAGCGACCACGUCCAGAGCGGUUUGCCAGCUGGUGAAGGAGUAUGUCGGCCACAGGGACGGCAUCUGGGACCUGAGCGCCACGCGGGCCCAGCCUGUGGUGCUCGGCACCGCAUCUGCAGACCACACUGCCAUGCUGUGGAGCAUUGAGACCGGAAAGUGCCUCCUCAAGUACCUGGGUCACCAGGGAUCAGUUAACUCCAUUAAGUUCCACCCCAGUGAACAGAUGGCUCUGACUGCCUCUGGAGAUCAGACGGCUCACAUCUGGAGGUAUCUGGUGCAGCUUCCCACUCCUCAGCCCGUCGCUGACACCACUACGCCCUGUGAAGACGAUGUGGACUCUUCGGAUAAAGACGACGGCGACGGCGAUGCGGAGGGCCCGAACGACUGCCCUUCGGUCCGCGUACCGACCACGACCCUGCGCAGCCAUCAGGGCGUGGUGAUCGCUGCCGAUUGGCUGGUGGGGGGCAAACAGGUGGUGACGGCCUCCUGGGACCGAGCCGCCAACCUGUACGACGUGGAGACCUCGGAGUUAGUCCACUCGCUCACUGGUCACGAUCAGGAGCUGACCCACUGCUGCACCCACCCCAACCAACGCCUGGUGGUCACUUCCUCCAGAGACACCACCUUCAGGCUGUGGGACUUCAGAGACCCGUCCAUCCACUCCGUCAACGUCUUCCAGGGACACACAGACACGGUGACGUCCGCUGUCUUCACCGUGGGAGACAACGUGGUGUCGGGCAGCGACGACCGCACCGUCAAAGUGUGGGACCUGAAGAACAUGCGGUCGCCCAUAGCAACCAUUCGCACCGACUCUGCUGUCAACAGGAUCAGCGUGUCGGUGAACCAGAAGAUCAUCGCCCUUCCUCACGACAAUCGGCAGGUCCGACUGUUCGACAUGUCCGGAGUGCGGCUGGCUCGGCUGCCGCGGAGCAACAGGCAGGGUCACCGUCGGAUGGUUUGCUGCUCCGCCUGGUGUGAGGACAACAGCGCCUGCAACCUGUUCACCUGCGGCUUCGACAGGCAGGCCAUCGGCUGGAACAUCAACAUCCCGGCUCUGCUGCAGGAGAAAUAAAAUCCUCCUCUUCUCCUUCUUCUUCUUCUUGUUCUUCACGUUGUUAGCACACAGUGAAACCUCACCCACAGCGUGUGUUUGUGUCUCGACAGAUGUAAGCAGUUUAGUUUAGAUGUUAGAGUGACUCCAUGGAGUCGGCCUUUAAAGCCUUAGGAUUGUUGAAGUUCCUCAGAUCAGACUUUCUCCAGGUUGAGGGGCUUGAAAAUCAUCUGUCUCACUUUCCGUCACUAUUAGCAACAAAGGCAAACCUCUGAACCACUCACUGAUGAAAGCACAAACAAUGUACAGAAGCUCCUGCUUACUGCAAGUUAACAUGUUUCUCUGCUGCUUCCUGCUGCUUUUAGCUCCAAAACUCCAGAUCUAAUGUUUGCUUCAGGUGGCAGAUUAAAGGAAACAUCUGUGAAUUUUCUGGUUUGGUGUUGCACAUAAUCCUUGUUAUCUCUUAAGUUUUUUCUGUAUAAAUUUAGAGCCAUGUUUUCCUCUUGCAGACAGACAGAAGGUAGGUCAGAUCAGCAACAGAUUUCUGAUUAUUUAGGCAGUUUUCUCUUCAGAGGUUCUCAAUCUCUGCAGAAACUUUAUGCACCUUGUUUUUGUUUGUUUAAAAUAAUGUCUGUUACAGAUUUUAUUUUUUAAGGGAAAAUUCUUUACUGUUUAACUUGUGGUCAUAGAUUGACUAUGGAUGAGUUGUUACCUGAUGUGCAAAAGUAUUCAUAUCCCUAAACUUAUUAAAACCUUCAACUACAAUGUG